UCUCGGGGUUUACAGAAGCGGUCGCUGGAGGCCCUGCCUGAGGAACCCCGGGAACUGACCACACCUGCGCCCUGCGAGUGGUCAGACUGACCCUUGCUGGGGUUCCCAGAGAGGAGCAAUGAAAAUCCCAGUAUAAAGGCCGGGGGGAGCGGGGUGACCUGAGAAACCUGGUUCAAGUCUGGCUUCCCGCCCUUUGUGAUCUUUGGCUUCCCGUUUAACGUCUCAGCGCCUCAGUUUCUUCAUUUGUAGGACACAGCUGAUGAAGAUCCAGUUUCAGAUAUGAGAGUCACUGAGUGAUCAUUUCAUUGAGAUCAACUUGAAUGACCAGGUGAAAAGUACAAGAGGAAUGUGCCAUGACUGAGGCAACUCACAAUUUUUUAUUGCCAACCUCUACUUCCUUUGACUCUACAAAGAAAAUUGUAUCUACAGCAGCCCCUAAAGCCCAGGAGUCCAGCAAAUCAUCAUACAGACUCAUGACUGAAAAACAGCUGGAAGAAGCAGAAUGGGAAAGCAUAAACGUGCUGUUGCUGAUGCAUGGCUUAAAACCUUUAUCUCUAGUCAAAAGAACAGAUAUGAAAGAUCUCAUCAUUUUUGACAAACAAUCAUCACAAAGGAUGAGGGAGAAUUUAAAAACUUUGAUGGAAGAAACAUCGUCACAGAACAUGAUCCGGGAGCUCAUAGAAACUAAUAAGCAGCUUAAAAAUGAACUUCAGCUACAACAAAGCCGAGCAGCAGAUCAGGAGCAACGAGCUAAUGACUUGGAACAAAUUAUGGAGAGUGUGAAAUCCAAAAUUGGUGAAAUGGAGGAUGAAUCCCUAAAUAGGGUUUGCCAGCAACAGAAUAAAAUAAAAGAACUUCAAAAGGAGCAUAAAGUUUUACAGGCAAAAUGUGAGCAUUAUGAGAAAAAACAAAUGGAGCAACAAGAGACUAUGGCUUCUUUGCAGAAGGAUAUCUAUACAUUAACAAAGGAGGACGAAGAGCGCAUCAUCACUCGAAACAGAGUGUUCUCCUACCUCUGCAAGAGAGUUCCUCAUACCAUCUUGGAUAGACAGUUGCUUUGCCUAAUUGAUUACUAUGAAUCUAAAAUUAGAAAAUUUCGUAAACAAAGGCAAUAUAGAGAAGAUGAAAGUCAGUCAGAAGAAGACUACAGAAGUCUGAGUGCUUCACCCACUUAUAAAGGCCUUCUAAUGUCAUUACAGAAUCAACUCAAGGACUCGAAAUCUAAGAUAGAUGCACUUUUAAGUGAAAAGGUGAAUCUCCAAAAAGAUUUGGAAACCAGGCCCACACAGCAUGAAUUAAGACUUUAUAAACAACAGGUGAAGAAGCUGGAGAAAGCCCUUAAGAAAAGCAUCAAAUUACAGGAUCUUAUCAGUCAAAAAAAGCCUGAGGACAAAGAGGGAAAAGAUGAGCCCAGCAAAGAUAACCAGCAGCAGACCCUAAUUGACCAGAGAUACUUUCAGGUAUUAAGGAGCAUCAAUUCAAUUAUUCACAAUCCAAGAGCUCCAGUAAUAAUUUAUAAACAGAGCAAAGGAGGAGCCCAACAUUUUAAUAGAGAUCUUGUUCAAGAUUGUGAAUUUGAGCAUCUUGUUCCUAUAAUAGAAAUGUGGGCAGAUCAACUGGCUUCCUUAAAGGAUUUGUAUAAGUCCUUGAAAAUACUAUCUGCAGGACUGGUGCCUUGGCAUAAUUUAAAGAAGCAGGAUGAAAAUGAAGGUGUCAAAGUUGAAGAUCUGUUGUUUAUAGUAGAUACCAUGUUAGAAGAAGUGGAAAAUAAGGAAAAGGACAGCAAUAUGCCAGACUUUCAAAUUUUGCGAGCUAUUGUUUCUCACUUCCAAAAAUUAUUUGAUGUGCCUUCUUUAACUGGAGUCUAUCCCCGAAUGAAUGAAGUUUAUACUAGGCUUGGAGAAGUGAACAAUGCUGUGAGAAACCUCCAGGAACUCUUAGAACUAGAUAGUUCAUCCUCAUUGUGUGUGCUGGUGAGUACAGUUGGAAAGUUGUGUAGGCUGGUUAAUGAAGAUGUGAAUGAACAGGUUAUACAGGUAUUGGGACCUGAAGACCUCCAAAGCAUUAUCAACAAACUGGAAGAACAUGAGGAAUUUUUCCCAGCAUUUCAGGCAUUUACUAAUGAUCUACUUGAAAUCUUAGAAAUUGAUGACUUGGAUGCCAUUGUACCUGCAGUAAGGAAAUUAAAAAUACUUUCACACUGAAAA